AUCAAUUUCUCUCCGUUUGCAUAUUGCAGAACCAAACUUGGGUGUCUCCUCUUCAACCGCGACUCUGCUACAAGCGCAACAAUACCAUUCGACAAUGGCCAUCGCGAAUCACCUCAAUGCGACGCUCCCGACCUCGCGGCCACUCUAUCCACAGGAAACACUCCGAAUCGACGGAAACCAAUCCGAAAGCCAAGAACCAUGAUGGGAUCACCUCGAAAGAGACCCUCCGGGGCUAGUGAUCAUCAUCAGAUGGAACUUUCCGAGUCCUCAAAUAUAGCUCGGGGCCCCAAUUUCCGGGGAAGACCGCAACUCUUCAACAGCUUGGAAACACGACAGCCAAGAAGGUAGUUACAAUGCGCUUCGUCAACAGGGCCCUCGGGUCCCCCGCCUGCGCCCUCUUGCUACUAUCGUCAGGUCUUCAGUACGUGCUAGGAGCUUCUGACACAUCCUCAGCUUGGCCUAUUCAGGGCAACGACCUCCAAAACCAGAUCCAAUGGGACCACUACAGCAUCAUCAUCAAUGGCGAACGCCUGUUCCUCUUUGGUGGCGAGAUGCAUCCGUUCCGACUGCCCGUUCCUGAACUAUGGGAAGACGUCCUACAGAAAGUCAAGGCCAUGGGCAUGCGCAUGAUCUCCAUCUACACCCACUGGGGCUUCCAUGCCCCUACUCCGGACCAAGUUGAUUUCGACACCGGCGCGCACAACCUGACCCGCUUCUUCGAGAUGGCCAAGGAAGUCGGCCUCUACGUUCUUGUACGACCCGGGCCAUAUAUCAAUGGCGAGUUGAACGCUGGAGGAAUGGCGCUUUGGUCUACCACAGGUGCCUAUGGAGAGUUGCGCUCUAAUGGGUCGGCCUUUACCGAAGCUUGGACUCCGUACCAGACGGGCAUGGCAAAGCUUGUCAAGCCAUUCCAACUCACCGAGGGUGGUACAGUCAUCAUGUACCAGCUCGAGAAUGAAUACGGCGAGCAGUGGAAGAAUGUGGAGGUCAAGAUACCCAAUCCGAAGGCCGUGUCUUACAUGGAGAAGUUGAAGGAGAACGCUAUCGAGAAUGGUAUUGUGGUGCCUAGUGUACACAAUGCUCCUAAUGCGAAUGGACGUCCGUGGUCGAAGGACUAUGACACUGUUGGCGCUGGAGGAGAUGUGGAUAUCUACGGCCUAGACAGCUAUCCGCAAUGCUGGUCCUGCGUUACAGAAGAAUGCGGAAACAACAUCUUGCCGUUCGCCGUCUCCAACUACCACGACCAUUUCCAACUCGUAUCCCCGAACCAGCCGUCCUUCAUGCCCGAGUUCCAGGGAGGAGCCAUGAGCCCCUGGCUUAGCCCAGCGGGCGGAUGCGCAGAACGAACCGGCACCGAAUUUGUCAACUUCUAUUACCGCGACAACAUUGCCCAGCGCAUUACAAUCCUAAACCUCUACAUGAUUUACGGUGGCACGAACUGGGGGUGGCUGGCGGCUCCCUUCCUGGGUAGCAGCUACGAUUACGGUGCUGCUAUCUCCGAGGAUCGUAACAUUGGCAGUAAAUACUACGAGAUUAAGAACCUGGGUCUGUUCAUUCGUGCUGCUGAUGAGCUUGCCUACACGGACCGUCUCGGUACCGGCACCAACUACACCAACAACACAAACAUCUUUACCACCGAGCUCAGAAACCCCAAAACUGAUGCUCGGUUCUAUGUUCUUCGUCAUGCCACGACAUCUUCUUCCUCUGAGGAGACCUUUGCUAUCAACGUGACCACCAGCGUGGGAAGUUUCUACGUCCCAAGAGUCGCGCCGUGUCCCAAGCUCGUUGGCCAUGAAGGCAAAAUCUUUGUUGCCGACUUUCACUUUGGCAAGCACAGCCUUUACUACGCAACGACGGAGGUCUUGACCUACAGUGUCAUUGAUGGAAAGACAACACUGGUUUUGUGGACUCCCGUUGGUAUCUCCGGGGAGUUCUAUCUCAAGGGUGCCAAGAAGGGUACGCUAGCCUCCAGCAGCAGAGGUCAGACAGCCGUCUUUGACAAACGGGAUAAGGGUGUGGUGGUUGGUUUUACCCAGCAUGAGGGUGCGACUGUGUUGGAUUUCGAUAACGAUGUUAGGGUUAUGCUUGUCGAUCGUGAGACUGCCUACCAGACUUGGGUUCCUGCUUUGACCAAGGAUCCAAAGGUGCCUGUGGAUAAGACUGCCAUUGUCGUUGGGCCACACCUUGUUCGGUCAGCAAGCGUGCAAGGGAACACCAUCUCCGUCACUGGAGACUCUAACAACGCAACCGAUAUUGAGGUGUUUACAUCAAACCGCGUCUCAACCAUAAAGUGGAACGGCAAGCAACUCCAAACUACAAAGACCAAGUACGGUACACUCAAGGCAUCCCUUCAGGCUCCGGUGAAGUUCUCGGUCCCGAAGUUUGGAUCAUGGAAAUCUCAAGAUAGUCUUCCUGAGAAAGCCGUGGGUUACUCUGACAAUGGUCCGGCCUGGGUCAUCGCCAACCACACCACAACACCCAGUGCCACCAAGGGUACCGUGCCUUACCUCUUCUCAGACGAGUACGGCUUCCACACAGGCAUCAAGCUUUGGCGCGGCCAUUUCUCUGGCGAGGCGGCAGCUACAGGCGUCUACCUCAAUAUCCAAGGAGGAACCGCUCACAGCUGGUCCGCCUUCCUCAACGGCCAAUUCCUGGGCUCUUAUACAGGUGACCCAACAGUGACCGCCAGCAACGCAACCCUGUCAUUUGCCAACGCAACCAUUUUCACCAACCAAACCAAUGUCCUCUUCGUGAUGAACGAUGACACAGGCCACGACCAGCUCUCCGCAGCCCUCAACCCGCGCGGCAUCCUCAACGUCACCCUUCUGAGCUCCAGCUCCAGCCCUCCCCCCAAGUUCACACUCUGGAAGUUAGCCGGAACAGCAGGCGGCUCCGAUACCAACCGCAGCACACUCGACCCCAUCCGCACUCACUACAACGAAGGCGGCCUCACCGCCGAGCGUCUCGGCUGGCACCUCCCAGGCUUCGACGACUCCAACUGGUCCAACACAUCAACCUCCCCAGCGCAAGGCUUCACCGGCCCAACUGUCCGCUUCUACCGUACUUCCCUGCCUCUCGACGCCCCCAAAGGGCUAGACGCAUCAUUCGCAUUCAAGUUCACGCCCGUUGACACUUCCAACUUGAACUAUCGCGCGUUCUUGUAUGUCAACGGGUAUCAGUACGGGAGGUAUUACCCUUCUAUUGCUUCCGAAAACGUAUUUCCCGUGCCGGCGGGCGUACUCAAUCAUGGAGGGGAGAAUGUUAUCGGUCUCGCGGUUUGGGCGCAGACGGAGGAGGGGGCAAAGGUCGAUGUUGAGUUGGUGACGAGGUACGCGGUGGAAUCGUCUUUUGAGAGCAGAUUUGAUGGGAAGUAUUUGCAGCCGGGGUGGACUGCUGAAAGAUUGGCGUAUGUGAAGUUCCAAGACAUCAGAUAUCACGUAGGGUAGGUGCUGGUGGUUAAUAUCGGGAUGGAUUCAGCGAAAAGAUAUCGAUAACUUCGCAUGCAAAAAAAGAGACAGUUCAACGACAAGAACAAGACUCGAACCCAUCAUCUAGCGCACCCCGCUAUUCCUCAUCCGGUUACUCUCCCCUUCUCUUCUCCCAGUUCUGAUUCGUCAAAUCACCCAUUCAUGUUGCACACGCUGCGCACAUGCAACCACCUCCGCCAACGUGCCAUCAAAACUGUAGGCCU